CGCGCGCGCGCGCCCGGCGGGGGCGAGCCGGCCCAGCUGCCCCGGGGCUCGGGCACCUCGCGCCCCCCGACAGCCGCCGCGGCCCCAUUCCCGAGCGCCCGGCAUGAACCGCAAGAAGCUGCAGAAGCUGACGGACACCUUAACUAAAAAUUGCAAGCACUUUAAUAAAUUUGAAGUGCAAUGUCUUAUAAAUCUUUUUUAUAACCUGGUGGGAGAUGUAACAGAGCGGCAAGGUAUGGUCACUGGACUAGAUCGUAAUGCAUUUCGAAACAUCUUACACAUGACAUUUGGAAUGACAGAUGACAUGAUUAUGGACAGAGUAUUCCGAGGUUUUGAUAAGGACAACGACGGCUGUGUAAACGUAUCAGAGUGGAUUUCUGGAUUAUCAGUAUUUCUUCGAGGAACUCUGGAAGAAAAAAUGAAAUAUUGCUUUGAGGUGUUUGAUUUGAAUGGUGAUGGAUUCAUUUCAAAGGAGGAGAUGUUCCAUAUGUUAAAGAACAGCCUUCUCAAACAGCCGUCUGAAGAAGACCCUGAUGAAGGAAUUAAAGAUUUGGUUGAAAUAACUCUUAAAAAAAUGGACCAUGAUCAUGAUGGGAAGCUGUCUUUCUCAGAUUAUGAACAGGCUGUGAGGGAAGAGACCCUUCUCCUAGAAGCUUUCGGACCAUGUCUACCUGAUCCAAAGAGCGAGAUGGAAUUUGAAGCCCAAGUUUUUAAAGAUCCGAAUGAAUUCAAUGAUAUAUAAAUACCUAAAUGUCUGCGUUGUCUCGAGUGAGUAAAAAAGGAGGCGCAUA